GUGGUGGGUGCACACCCACCCACAGCAUCCUCCUCGUCAGUGCGACCUCGGGGCUCUUUCCUCUCGUCCCUCCAUGCAGGGGGGCAGGCAGGGAAGUGGUCCUGCUUCCAAAACUCACCACCCAGCUCUGCCAAACUCCAUGUGGAAGGGAAAGCUGAGUCUGGGCCCCAGGAACCAUGUGCAGGCAGGGACCCUCCCCAAACCCACCCUCUGGGCUGAGCCAGACUCUGUGAUCACCUGGGGGAGCCCUGCUACCAUCUGGUGUCAGGGGACCCUGGAUGCCCAAGAGUACCAUCUGCAGAAAGAGGGAAGAUCAGUGGAAAGACUGACACCACUGAAGCCUGGGAACAAGGCCAAGUUCUAUAUCCCAUCCAUGACAGGGCACUAUGCAGGGCGAUAUCACUGUUACUAUCACAGUCUUGCUGGAUGGUCAGAGCCCAGUGACACCCUGGAGCUGGUGGUGACAGCACCCUACGGCAAACCCACCCUCUCUGGCUUGCCCAGCCCUGUGGUGAUGUCAGGAGGGAAUGUGACCCUCCAGUGUGGAGCAGAGACAAAAUUUGGCAAGUUCAUUCUGACUAAGGAAGGAGAACAAAAGCUCUACCGGCUGGAGGACUCACACCAAAACUCCUAUGGGGAGUCACAGGCCCUGUUCCCUGUGGGCCCCGUUACCCCCAGCCACAGGUGGACGUUCAGAUGCUAUGGCUAUUACAGGAACACCCCCCAGGUGUGGGUGGGCCCUAGUGACCCCCUGGAGCUCCUCAUCCAAGGUGUGUCUAGGAAGCCCUCCCUGCUCACGCCACAGGGCCCUAUUCUGGCCCCUGGACAAUACCUGAUCCUCCAGUGUCGCUCGGAUGUCGGCUAUGACAGAUUUGCUCUGUCCCAGGAGGGGGGACAUUUCCUCCCCCAGCGCCCUGGCCGGCAGCCCCAGGCUGGGCUGUCCCAGGCUGACUUACACCUGGGCCCUGUGAGCGGCUCCCACGGGGGCCGGUACAGAUGCUACGGUGGACACAACCUCUCCUCCUUGUGGUCAGCCCCCAGCGACCCCCUGGACAUCCUGAUCGCAGGACAGCUCCCUGACAGACCCUCCCUUUUGGUGCAGCCAGGCCCCACAGUGGCCUCAGGACAGGACGUGAUGCUGCUGUGUCAGUCACAAAGCCCAAUGGACAUUUUCUUACUGACCAAAGAAGGGGCAGCCAAUCCCCCCCUGCGUCUCAGAUCAAAGUCCAGAGCUGGGCAGUUCCAGGCUGAAUUCUCCAUCAGUCCUGUGACCUCAGCCCACGGGGGGACCUACAGGUGCUACGGCUCACUCAGCAUCUCCCCCUACCUGUUGUCACUGCCCAGUGACCCCCUGGAGCUCAUGGUCUCAGGAGCAGGUGAGACCAUCAGCGCCUCACAAAACAACUCAGACCCCAUGAGUGCCCCACACCCCCAGGAUUACACAGUGGAAAAUCUCAUCCGCAUGGGCAUGGCUGUCUUGAUCCUGGUGGCCCUCGGGAUUCUGCUGUUUCAGGAUUGGCACAGCCAGAAGCCCCCAGGAUGCAGCUGGGAGGUAAAUUCCAGAGACAACAACGCACCAUCCAGAGUGGUCGAUCCUUGGAAGUAAAUAUGAUGAUCCCAGGAGGUUCUGGAAGAGAAUCUAGGGCAUGUGCUGUCCGGACUGUCUGCUGGUCAUUUGCAGAGGGAGGAAUCACUGUCCGAGUGCAGGGACACUGCAUGGAGUGUUUCUGAACAGGACCAUUGAACUGCGAUGCUUUUCCUCUCUGCAAACAUUAACUUUCCUUGCUGGAUCCCUCCUCCUCCCACCCCAGACAUGCAGCUGUGUCCCACAUGGCAGCUUCGGGUCCGUCACUCUGUGCACCUUCAUGCUCUGGUCCACUGUCACGUCACACAGUUCCCUUUAUUUCUACUGGCCUCAUUCCCUGAUGCUCUUCAUCGAGUCUCUAUCUCUUCAGUUCAGAGUUCCAAACUUGUUUCAAUAACUGAAACUGUGAGAGAGUGUCAACUUCCAAGCAGGAAAAGAUAAAUCCAAAAGGAUGCCCUAAUACCCUGUCUAGAUCCUACAAGCCCUUCACUCUUUAUCAGAUGCUAUUCAUAUAGUCAUCACCUGAAAUCAUCACACUGACUUUUAAAGUGAUAACCCAGUGGUAUGUUGAUUCUGAAAACGGUACUUUUUAAAUCCUCUGAUUUGUGGCAUUUGCCAAAUUCUGUAGUGUAAAUAUUUUUUCAUGGCCAAAUUCAAGGUACCAAUGAGACAUAACCAAAUGCACAUUUGGGAAGCAAUGAACGGAAUUGUAUUCAUACAUGAGCCUGAACCAUCUGCAGCACAUCUCACUUAUAGGUCCGACAUAUACCCUCUUAUUUCCUUCAUUGUAGAAGUAAUGGUAUUUCUGCUUCAGUGUUAGGGCACAGCUACAAUGAAAUUAUGACACUAUAAUCCUCAAAUAUUCACAUGAUAACCAAAAGACAAAAAUGGCGAUAUUGAGUGCAAGAGAUAACAGCGCUCACUUAAAAAUUCAGUACAUUAGGGCCGGGCGCGGUGGCUCACACCUGUAAUCCUAGCCCUCUGGGAGGCCGAGGCAGGUGGAUCCCUCGAGG